AUGAUGCUCAGAAUCCUUGCUGUUCUCCUGGCAGUAUCUUGCGCCUGUGCCUCACCUCCCAGUCGGGCGCUGUGGCAGUUUCAUAGUUUGAUUAAAUGUGCCAUCCCCAGCAGUGCACCCCUGCAGGAAUUUAACAACUAUGGAUGUUACUGUGGACUAGGAGGAAGCGGAACCCCUAGAGACACUCUAGACAGAUGCUGCCAAACCCAUGACAACUGCUACUCCCAAGCUUUGGCCAUGUCCAGCUGUAGUGGUCUUUCGAAUAAUCCAUAUACAAAGAGCUAUGCUUACAGCUGCUCUGGAACAUCUAUCACUUGUACCUCUUACAGUGAUUCCUGUGCUCAGUUUAUCUGCAAUUGCGACAGGGCUGCCGCCGUUUGCUUCUCCAAGGCUCCCUACAACUCGGCAUACAAAGAUCUGGACAAAAACAGAUACUGUUAA